AUGACUUCUGUGCUGGCAAGCCAGCUGCAAGCGCUGGCCCGGCAGCGUCAGCCGGCAUUGCCAGCGGCGGUUAAGAAGGGCAAGCCCUCGUUGCUAUUCGACUUUCAAAAGGCGGCUGAUAUUGAUUUGCAGACAAUAUAUGACGUCGCGUGUCAAGGGCUUGACGAGUUGAUGCAUUUGGAACCGCGAUUUAGGCCAUUCCGGGAGAGCCUGUUCAGCCGUGCAAGUCUAGACAUCAACCCAGAUUUGCAGACUUCGGAAUUUUUGUCGAAGCUGAGCGAGUCCGUCCAUGAGUUCUGCUGCUUGCUAAGCAACCACUUCCUGUCUCCGGGAGCGUUCAAAGCUCUGGAAUACCUAAUUCGGCGUUACAGGGCCAAUGAACGGAAUGUGGACUCUCUCCUGACCGCUGCUCUUCCCUAUCAUUCGACGAACGAGUUCGUACGCCUCGUCCAAACGCUGGCCAUCGGCCCGCCCGGCAGCUUGUGGGGAUGGCUUGCCAAGAUGCAGUCGUCGGGAGCUUCCCUGCCACGAGAUCUCCUAGCGCAACGGUGUGUCAACGACCGCCAGCUGCUCCUCUUCAUCUGCAAGGCUGCCGGCCAGCUGGGUGGCACCGCCUUGGGCUCCGUUCGCUCAGGCGCAUCUGCUCUACGUACCCACAGCCGAACCUACCUUUCUUUCUACGCGGUGCUUCUCUGUGAAGUGUUGGCCCUGUUACCGGAAGUCGUGGAAGACUUUCUCGCAGCCAUCUUGCCAUACUUGCUGGAGGGUAUCGGGAAGGGCGCGGCGCAAGAGUACCGCGCUGCGACCCUGAUGGCAGUCGCGGAGUUGUUCAGUCGAGCUACACUUGGCAGGGACUUCGUCAAAGUGAUCCUUAACACCAUGCUCAAGUACACCGAGCCGGUUCCGGAGCAUGUCCGUACAACACUACUCGUCAUGGCGCACAUGGCCGUCACGCAGAAACAUAUCCAGCUUCUAUCCGACAAAACGCUCAAGUACUUAUCGUCGCUUCCGAAUUUGAUUUCAGAGCUGGGGUCUCUUGCACAACGCGGCAACAUCCGGACGGGCCCGCUGCUGAUGUUGAUUGUCCGCUCUCUGGCCGCUUCCAUGGUGGGCACCGGCAGACCUGCCGGCAGUAGUUCAGGGCGGCGCUGCGAGGGAGACCUGCUGGCUCUGACUCACUCUGGGGCUCUACGUGGUGAGCCGGCGCGCGCCUUGGCAUCUGCCUUGCUGGAGGCUGGUGGCUCGUCGAAUGCUGACUCGUCCGUACGUGAAAGCUGCCAGCGCAUUCUCAGGGUGCUUGAUCAGCGCUAUCCCGAGACUACGGAUGAGGCUGUCAACACUUAUUUGGAGCCGCUACGUCCUCCGCGCCAGAAUGCGUCCGGUGUUAAGGACGACAUGGACGUUUGCGAAAAGCACAAACGCCGCAAGACAAAGCACAAGGCCGAUAGUAAGGGUCCGACAUCCGAUGACGACGACAGCGACGAUGCCGUAAUCGAGUCGGCCGAGGCGGUCGCCGCCCAACUUUCCUCGGAGAAGCGUGCACGCUUCGACUUUGUCAGGUCAACUUUUGCCUGUGGCGGCUACUCGGCACCGUGUGGCGGAACCAUGCUGACGCUUGCUGCUGCGCUAGUGGCGCCACAGGCAGCUGUACGCCGACUGGCCCUUCGGCAAUUGGAUGCAGACUUGGCUGCGUCAACUGCGCAGCCCCUGGCUUCAGAGGAUGCAUCCACUUGUGCCGCCGCGUCCGAGGCGCGUGCAGCCCUGACGGCGGCGGCGUUGUGCCGCCUCCGUGAUGACGACCUCGGCGUUGUGGUGGCUGCCCUCGGCCUGUCUUGCCUCAAGGAGCUACCGCCUGCAGCUCUGCUGGACGCAGUGGUUCCGCUGGCAUAUCGCUUGGGGGACAUACUGUACGGUUCUGCGAAGUUGCCGCAACUCAAGGCCGCGCGCAAGGCUGCUCGCAAGGUUGUUGGGCUUUUGUCUCACGUUGGGACGGUAUCGACAUCGGAUGAACUACGGCAAUCUGCAGCACUACAUCUGCUGGAGCUUAUGAUACCUACAAAGCGGGACGUUGCAGUUAGUAUUGCGGCAGCUCGCGCAGCAUCGAAGCUCGGCAUGCCGCUGUUCUCCGAGCUUGUUGAUGCCAUGGACAAGGUGGAGGCGCAUAUUAAGGGCGUUGAAUCUGCUGGCAAGGGCAAGGGCAGCUCAACCAAAAAGGCGACGGUUGUUGAGCGCAGCGUUGUGUCUGCACUGACUAAAUCACUGACGGCGGAUGCAGCGGCUUGUUUGCCCAGCAUUAAGCAUCUCGUUGCUGCAAGCGCUGCUGCUGCUGUUGCAGGCGGUGAUACGGCAGCGUCAGCAUCUGUGCGCGCCCAACAUUUGCUGCUGCUUUCAUCUUGUGUAGCUGCCGUUGCCGCUGCACCAUCCAGCGCGGCUGGUGGCCUGUCGGACACAGCACUAAGUUUGCUUCGGUUUGUGGUCGACUUAGCGGAAAUGUUGCUGCCGUACGCUCGGCUUGAAGGCGCUGGCGACUACGACUGGUGUAAAACCUUUUCUGAGAAGAUCUCAUCUGCGGAAGGAGCAACCCAAGAUGAUCAUGCUGCCGCAUUCUUCACAGACCCAAUCUCGUUGCAUUGGGCCCUUAUUUUGGGAUCACUCCAGGCUAGCUUGGCUCGUCUGCCGGAAACGUGCCAUGGCUCUACCGCUGACGAGUCCACAGCAAGGCUUCGCGCUAGGCGCUUGUUGGGACUGCUGGCUUCAUUGAACUACUCGCUCGACGGUUUGCGCGACUUGCCUCGGUUAGUGGUUACGCGCUCGGUUCAGGCAUCAGAGCGGAGCGCUUUCCUGUCGGGCUUGUAUGCAGCCCCGGCGUCCCCUGCUGGAUCAGCUGCUGUAUCUGGUGCAUUGGAGUCGGCCGCUUCAGUUCCGGCGCCAUUGCAGUGCAUGGCGCUUCAGGUGCAGGCUCAGCUGGUCACGGCGGAUAGUGCUCGGAGCUGUCUGGUCAUGUUGCUCCCUGCGCUGGCGAGCUCAGAGGCUUCUGUUCGAGCCGCAGCCUGCCAUUGUCUGGCUGCAGUGGAUGCGGUACUCAACGUGGCACGGGUUUCUGGUGUGACUGAAUCGUCCAAAGACGUAGCGCCUGCAUUAUCUUCGGCACUGCUGCCGCACAGAAAGCUGCUUUGCCGCGACCCAGAUGCCAUCUCUGUUUUACUACAAGGCGCGUUGCAUCCAGAGGACGUGCAGUCGGGAGGCCUAUCAUUGCCACGGGCCCUUGCUUCUGGUGUUGCUUCCUACCUUGCGUCUAGCCUUCCUGGCCUUGGCGUGGAUGCUCCCGGCGUCAACACCGCCUGUGUAGUGCUAUCCUGCCUAGUGGCCAGACCUAUGACCGCAUCAUCAUCGACGACACCGCCUUCGGUUAGCUCGGAACUCUUCUUAGCUGGCACCACGUACUUGUCAUACUUGAUCCUAAAGCUUAAGAGUUCGCCGUUGUCCGCCACGGCCCUGGACGGCAAGGCGGUGGGCCUGUUUGUGACUUCACUGUUCACACCAGCUACCGUUGCCGCGACAACGGACGAGUCGGCGUUAGGGCGGUUGGCCGAGGCGGCCGAGCUGCCGUCGCCAUUAAUCUCUGCGCAGCAAUCAACAGCUACCGCAGCUCUGGCGGCUGCACGUCUCGCAGCCGUCCGACAAGUCUCGCGUGAGUUGUUCGCCGCACUGCCGGGCCGUACUGUGCGAGAGCUGUUUGCUGUUCUAUUGAACAGGCAUGAGUGUGAUCCUUGCGCGGAGGUUCGCUCAGCUGCUAGGUCUGCUCUGGAGGUCGUUCAGCUUUCAGCCGAGGUGCUGGUCCCUCUCCUAGAGCUGCGAGGUGACGGCUCGAACAAGGCUCCGGCUGAAAAAUCGGACGGGUUGGAUAGUCGGGCAAAGAAGAAGAGCAAGAUUGAGUCGGCUGGCCAUGGAAUGGGCGCUUCAAUAGAGCCACCGUCGACGCAAGUAACGCUGCCUUUGCUUCGCGAUACCGUAGCUGUCCUGGAACUGUUACAGUGGCGCAACGGUAUCUCAUCCGCGCAUCUGGUGGUUACCGCGUGUCAGGCGCUGCUGCGCAGGCUGCAGCCAAUCGUUGGUAGCAUUUCAAGCGUUCUGGAGGCUGAAAGCCCCGCAGCAGGGGAUGAGCGCGGUGAUGACAGUGCACACGAGGCCUCUGGCAAUAAGUCCUCGCUUGCAGGGUAUGCGGCAACGCUCGCCCUGCAGGCGUUAACGGCUUUGUCACUUAACACGGAUGUUGCUGAUCUGCACUUGUUUGACCUGGAGCUGGCUGUAUGCAUGGCGCGCGAGGCGCCUGAUGCAUCCGUACGAAAUGCGGCAUUGGGCUUGCUGGCAGCUCUGGCAACCAGGACGCCAGAAGCCGCUUUGUCUCACGUCCUGCAGGUGUUGGCUGUCGUGAACCAGUCGGCGGGACUCCAGGAUGACGAACACAGUCGCGCGGUGGGUGCAACGGCCCUGGCGGCUGUAGUGCCGGCAUGGGUGGCAGGCGGUCGGAUGCAGGCCCCUCUCUGGGAGCAAGUUGUCUCGUCCCUUCCUUCGCUUCCGGCGCAUCGCCGGCUUGAUGUGUUGCUGGCUCUGCUGCGAGCGCUGCCCGCGGGCGAGAAUGGCAGUGCGGUGCAGCAAGCCGAGGUUGUGCAUAAUGGUUUGCGGGAGCAGUCUCCUUUGGACUGGCUUCCUGAAUUGGCAUCCCAGCUGGCGCUCCAGCUGAAGCUCAAGGUUGCUGUGGCGGCUGCCAGUGCCUCCUUCCGCCGUCCCGAUCCCGAUCCCGCCUUGGACAUGGGCUGUCGCCGCCUAAUGGAAGCUGCGUUAUCGCAAAUGCAAGUGCUCCAGCCCGAUUACGCAACACCGGCGCUUGAUCUUUCCGGUUCCGGGCUUCAACACGCGGUCCUGUCGGCCAGUCGGGGGCUAUAUGCCAUGUUUGCGGCGCUUCAGGGCGUUAUGGCCUCUGACACGUACCUGCAAUCUCUUGUAACGCUACUGGAGCACACUGCCGACAAAGUCAAGAGGCGCGCGCUAAAGCUCUUCACGGACAAGGUUCGGGGUGUGCGUUUCGACAUCCAAGACCAAAUUGAGCUUCCGCAACGUGUCCGCAACGCGAAGUUGCGCCAGGCCAGCGAUGCAGCGGGCCGUGCUUGUGCCAUGCUGCCGUCGCUGCUCCAGGGCUCGUCCAGCCAUGGCGCAUCGCCGCUGACGCGUCAGCUUGCGCUUGUAGCGCUGGCUACUAUUGCGACUGAGUUUGGAUCGCAGCAACAAGUGGCGCUCCUGGCAAGUGUUCCGGUAGUCCUAGCAGCUACGAAGGAUUCGCACGCCAGUGUUCGCGCAAGUGCGCUGGCUACAGUGGCAGCUUUCGUAGAUGCGCUGAAGGCGCAACUGGUGCCUGUACUGCCGGCAACUGUGUCGGCGGCGGUGGCGGCAGCAGACUCAGCCUGGGCACGGCUGGCACGGGCUGGUGUUGGACCGGAAAACGGGAGCGUCGAUGCAGCAAUGGGGGAUCCUGCGUAUUGUGUUGGGAAUCUGUCGUCGGAUAUGGAUGAGCUUAGUGAAGACAGUGAUUCGGCGAUGCCAGCCUCACGGCGAAAGCGUAGCACUGCAGGCGACGCAGCCCUGGAGCUGUCCAGCGCGCUUGCCUGUCUGAACGCGCUCGUGGAGAAUAUGGGUGGUUUCCUCAGUCCGCACCUUCCGUCCAUCCUGGCGAUCUUGCUGAACCCCCAUGUGUUGGCGUGCACGGCUGCCAGCUGCGACAAAUUUGCUGCCAGCAUUCGUGCACGCCUUCCGACGGCAGUGGCACCUCGGCUUUUAUUGCCAGCGUUAUACGAAAGGUUUGAGCCGUGCAUCGCUUCAGCGACCGACGCUGAGCCUGGCGCGGCAGCAGUUGCUGCUGCGCCGACAGUGUCGCUGCUGAAUAUGGUGGCGUCGGCUGCCAUUUCAAUGGAAUCGAAGAUAGCGGCGCAAAAUAGCGAGUCCAUGUUCGCCUUCUUGUUGAGCGCACUGGAUGUUCGCCAACGGCACCCCAAGGCUCUUGGUGUGCAUGGGGACUUCGCGAUUAACACUGUCGAAGACGCUGCUAUUUCUGCGGUGGUUGCACUAGUGAUGAAGCUCAGCGAAGUGCGGUUCAAACCACUUUUUCUUCGGCUGUUGGAGUGGGCGUCAACAGUCACGGUGUCGGAGGCCCCUGGUGCAGGAGGCGAGCCUUCGUACCUAGGCCGAAUGGUGGCUAUGUUUGGCGUCGUCAACGCGCUAGCAGACAGAUUGCGCUCUGUACUGGUGCCAUACUAUCGCUACCUGCUGGACCUAUGUGUACAACAUCUGGGUGGUGCUGAUGGCAUGGACGGCAAGGGCGCACGCAGCAAGAAGAAGCCUCGGCGCAGUGCAGCUGCUUCUGUCGACGCAGCGGCAAGCUAUAAUGACCAACAGGUCUGCUUGGCUUGGCUGCUUCGCCUGCGGAUUAUCCGCGCGCUGCACCGCUGCUUUAACCACGACUCCGUCGGCUUCAUCGACAGCGAGCGCUUCGCACGGCUGCAGACACCUCUGCACGAGGAUAAGGACUUGUCAGCAUAUGUCAUCCUGGGCGCGUCAACUCGAAUGUACACUGCGCCCGAUGGCGCAGCUUCGCUUGGUCCGUUGGGUUCAGCCGCGGUUGGUUCGCUGCUUGCAAUGGCUGUGGCGGUAAACAAUGACGCGCUGUGGAAGCCGCUAAAUCACGCAACGCUUAUGCUGACGCGUAAUGCUAAUCCAAGAACUCGUGCUCUGGCAUUGGAGGUGAUUGCCCAGCUGGUGGAGCGGCUGCGGGAGGAGUAUUUGGUGCUGUUGCCGGAGGCUUUGCCCUUUUUCAGUGAACUGCUUGAGGAUACGGACCCGGGGGUGGCGGCAAGGGUUCGGGAGGUGCUGACGCAGCUCGAGGAAAUCAGUGGAGAAAAACUUGACCAAUAUCUGAAAAUUUGAUGAUUCGAUUUGCUUGAAUAUCACUGUACAUUCAUCAAUCUGCAUGCCGGCAGUUCGGAAAUAUGCAUGUCCUGUCCAUGAGAUUAUGUCUGUAGCAGGAAUCGUACCGCGAUUUGAAAUGUUUGACACUGUAAAUCGAUCAUUGUUUGGUAUGUUGCAAUGAAUUCUUUGAUAAGAACUACACUCGGACACAAACCAGGUUGUCCAUUUGUUACCGAUUUAAGAAAUGACACAAACCCGGUCCAUUACCCACUCCACCCAACCUCUCUCCGCAGCACUGACAAACUCGCACGUGAUGCAUCCUUCAUUUGGCGCACCCACUGUUGCACGUAUGUUAUAACGCCGUACUAAUUCCUCAAUUGCGGGCCGUAGUUUUGGCACACCGCCGGGGCUGUGCAGCCCGCGGCCAACCACCAACACCAGCCGCGACGUACCCGCCUCGCGUCCGCGAGCAAGCGCCUGCUCCACCGCCGCUACAGCUUCCGUCACUCGCAAUCCAUGCAGGUCCAGAAAUCCGGACCUCCUGCUAUUGCGCUGGAGAAUCAGAGCUGCAGCCUUCGCAUGAGCCUGGAUACUCUAACCAGUAGGAAGAGUGACAGAGAGGGAAAGGACAGUCUACUGCAAAUGCGGUUACAACUUCUAGAAAUCUAGAAGCGUGCGCCAAAACCACACCUGCGCUGCGUACUCCUUGCCCUUAUGAGAUAGCUCCUUAGCAAGCUUGUAGUCACCCGCAGUGUAGGCUGCCCUGCUGGCGGUGAAUGCAUCAUGACGAGCCCUUGCCAGCUCAACGCCUCGCUGCCUCCAGUCCUGGGGGUCGGUGCUGUCUGGGAUAAUAUUGGAGAACUCGCCAUUGCUGCCUGAGGACUUGCCAAUGCUGCCUAAUGACUCGCCAUUGCUGCCUGAGGACUUGCCAAUGCUGCCUAAUGACUCGCCAUUGCUGCCUGAGGACUUGCCAAUGCUGCCUAAUGACUCGCCAUUGCUGCCUGAGGACCUGCCACUGCUGCCUGAGAAUGCGUUGCCCAUGCCUUAGGC